UCGUAUUUAAUGCUUAGGGCGGGGUGGUUUGUUCAAACCUUUGGCAGUUUGUUGGGUGAGGUAAAGAAAUCGUCGAAGAAUAGUUUCUUCUGAAGUAGUAACUAUUCAGAGCACUGACCUUUUCUCUUUAAAUUAGCCCUGUUUUGACCAGCUUUCUGUUUAUCAGGAUCAAUGUGGUUUUCUAGAAAGGGAAGAUCUUUAACCAUGUGUAAUUGGCCCACAUAUAUCUAUGAUAACUGUAUUUCCUGAACCAAAUUUAGAACGAUGUAGAAUUGGAUAUCAUACCAUAAUAAAAUUCAAGACGAGCCUGAAACGUCUGGGAGAUGAUGGUUCUCUCCCCUGUGUCUUUAAGCUAGCUCUUCACUCUGCCCAGAGUGUUCUGUCCUUAAAGCAAACUUUUACCCUCUUCUCCUAAAGCCUUUGUUUAGAUUUCUGCCAUCUCAGUGACCACUGUCUGAUUUAUUGCUGUUCAUGUAAGUAGUGAGCUGCUUGCUUUAAAGAGCUCUUGGACACACUAAUUCAUUGACCUAGUCUUUUUUCACUUGCAAUGAUUACCAGGAUCCAGGAUGGGGUAAUGAAAACUUCUUUAAACUAGAGGUCAGAACUGCCACAGUCCCAAGAUCUGCUCUAAACUAGUCCUCAUUUCUUUGUAAAGUGAACUAAAUGACAAAUAUUCACUUCCUUAUGCCCAUACAAGCCAAGAACAGGUACACACACACACACACACACUGUUUUAUUGCAAGUCCGCUGGCAGUUUACCUCUUUCCCUGGCCGAUUAGGGGAAUGUUCAGGGUUAUCUUUCAUUUAGGUGGUGAGAAUGAGAAAGAUCUAGGUUUUUUUGUGCCAGUGUAUAUGCCAUCAUGCUCUUCACAAGUCAUGUGUUUGUUUUUAGGGGGUGAUUGUGUUUUGUGCUUAGGAUUUUGAGCAUGUGAUAUCAAAUGUCAUUGGCAAGGCAAACUGGAUUGUGGGAAUGCCCAUUCUUAAAAGGCCUGUUUGAAACUGCCUCGAAUGGAUCCUGUAAGCAAUUCCUGAAAGACAACUUCAAAUGCUUUGUUAGUUAAGGCCUUCAUGUCCUGUUAUUGGGACUUAACCUUUCAUUAGCUGUGCAAAACUGUAGACUGAAUAAUUAGCUGAACAAAAACUAAUUGACUAAAACAAGCUUCUAUUUUAGUGAGCUCUUUAGUUCUUGUACCAGUCAUAUUUCUCUUUCACGGAUCUUCCCUCCCUGAAGGCUGUACAGCAGUCACAAAGUCUUAGCUAAGCCUAACUGAAUUUGUUUACUCAUUCUCCAUUUCUGUAAGAUAAAGAGUUAAAUCAGAACAGUGUAACUUUGUGUGGCUUCUUGGUGCUAAAUAUUCUGGCUCAACAGAACACCUUUUGUUUUUGGUUGGGGGGGGUGUUCUGUGCUGCCAGAAAGAUCUGCCCUUAUCAGCCUCCCAGAACCGAGACUGCAGGUACUAGGAGUCACAUGCCACUUUGUCCAGCUUAAAUUUAUGGCCUAGAACAAGUCAUUAAACCUCAAGCCUCUCAUCUUGAGGUGUUUUUGUUUGUUUUGUUUUGUUUUUGUCAGUAAAGUGGGACUUAUUGUAGGGAAUGGAGCUAUCCACAGCACCUUUGGAUGGAAAAUGAUUCCUGCUUAUAUAUCUUCUUCAUUAAAAACUUUUGUACCUAAUAUAAAAUAGCUCACAACAUAAGCAUUCCUUCCAAUCCUCAGAGACAGGCUGUUGUAGAAAGAUCCCACAGUUGGCUCAAACAACAGUUAGAAACACUAAAAGGGGAGCUCUGCCCUUACUGAUCAUAUCUAAACAAGGCCUUGUUUACAUGAAUUUUGUAAAAAUUGUAUAAUAGAUGACCUCACUACAUAUAAUGACACUGGCCACCAAAGGUCAGAGGAGUAAAACCUAAGGCGCUAUGGAAAGAUGUCAUGACAAGAAAAUGGUUUGGCCUGUGCAAAUGUGGAGUGAGGGUAUGCUUGAAGAUCUCUUUCCUGAAGGUCCCUGUGGGUCCCUUCAAGUCCUGUAAAGGCCUAUGGAUCCAAUGAAGAGCCUGUCUCCAGGUGUAAAGAGGCUGGAUCCCACAGUGUAGCACCUGAGGGCAAGAAGGGAGCCCCAGAGUGACAGAGUGGGGGAGCACUAGGAUGGGAGAGGCAAGUAGCCAAAAGGAAACAUAAUGGCAGCUUUAAUGCUAUGUCUGCCUGGUGUGUUGGGUAUUGCGGUUAACUGCCACUGCACUAAGAGUGAAGACUGAUCCUGAACAUCUAAGAAAUAUGGAAGGGAGAGAUGAAGGGAACAGAGAAAGCCCUGAGUGAAUGUGUGUGAUAACAUGAGCUGGCCAUGUCAAAUUCCCCAGAGCCUCAGACCCAUGGAGGAAUGGCAGAGCCUUCCCCCUGGGGUGAGGUUCAGAGACAUGACAAAGUCUUUGAUUAAGUGUGAGUGUUGACAGUGUGUGCGCAAAAAUGUCCACCAUAGCUUCUCCUGGGUGUUUAUAACCUAAUGACCGCUCCCCUACAGAGACCACUCCUACUGAGAUUAACCCUGUCCCCUUGAUCUUGCUGUAUACCAUAAGCCCUGCCUCUUGCCUUAUCUGUAUGUAAUAACCUCACCUCCCUGGAUGUUGAGCAACUCUAUGUAAUAAGCAUGCUGAGCUUUCAGGGCGCUGUGGUUUCUCCUGCAGUGAGCCAGGACCACCUCAUCCCAGCCUUCUGUCUGUCAGCUUUCGCUCACUGCUCCAAUCAGGCUCAUUCCUAGAGCAAGGCUGGACAUGACAGAUUAUAAUACCAUUUAUUUUGUAUUAGCAUAUUCAUUCUGGCAGAAAAGAAGAAGCCCAAGUGUCCAUCAGUUGAUAAAUGGAUAAACAAGUGUGCCAUAGCUGCUCAAUGAACUAUUCCUUAGCAAUUAAAGUAACCAAUUACUGGAAAAUGCCCGUAAGGGGCUGCCUCACCCUUCCCCAGUGAGAAAUUCUCAGCACUCAGAUAUAAGGAAAACCUUCUUAUUCUUAUGCAGCUGUAGACUCUAGCUAUUGUUUAAAGAGGUCCAGCCCUGAUCUGAAAUAUUUCAUAUUUUAUUAGAGUUAAACAUUGUCCUACUCCCCCAACCAUUUUAGGGGGUCUUUUUAUUCUUGCUCCAAAGGAGAUUUUCCAGAGCUGAGCGGGUUUUACAGAAGCUAAAAUUUGCAGGUUUCUAGUUAAGACAGGUUUAUCUUUAGCAAACAGCACGUGCUGUGUAAUCCUUAUGUUGGUGGUGGUCGCUUCUCAGAGAACAGAUGUGACCCUUUUGAGGUCUGGGGGUGUAGAAGCAGAAGCCAAGCUCCUGUGUUUCAGAGCAGUGGCAAGUUUCUUACUCUAUUUUCUUACUUCUGUGUAACCUAAUAUUUCGUGGUUGUCAGUAAAUUCAUUUUAUUCCUAUUUUUUUAAUUAAAAACUUGUUAGUGUUUUUGCCUUACCACAAUUACAUGAGUUAAACACAUUCUAAGUGAAGAACUGCUUCUGAAUGACCAUCUAUUAUGAUUUUGUCGACACUGAGCAUCCAUAAAAGGCAUAUCUGUAGAAAACAAAAUACUGUCAGAUUUACCUGGGGCAAAUAAUUUAAGAGGAAAUGGUAAGUGACAUAAGUAAAAGCCUUCUUUUUAUGAUGACAAAAAUAUUCUGAAAUUGUGAUCUCAGAAUUUGGUUGGCUCUACACAUGGUAAGAAUGUUUGCAUUGUACACUUUAAAUGGUAAAUUGUAUGGCAUGACAACUACGUAUCAGUAAAACUUUAAUGGUGUGGGAGUUUUUGCCUGCAUUAUGACGGUGCACCACCUGCAUGCAUGCCGCCGCAGAAGCCAGAGGCAUUGGAUCCCCUAGAACUUGAGUUACAGGUGGUUGAGAACUGCUAUAUGGAGGCUCAGAGUUGAAUCCAGGUCUUCUGGAAGAGCAGCCAACGUUCUUAACGUCUGAGCUGUUUUUCUCACCCUAAAGCUAUUACUUUUAAGAACACUUUAAAAUCUGGUAGUUGUGUUUUGGGUAUUGGAUGAUGAAAACCUGAGUUGGAUGAAGCAGAAAGGUGCUUAGGAAGGACUUCAUCACUUGUCACUUGUGACGUGACAAGUGAUGAAGAGUUUUCAUGUGGGGUACUUUGGGGCUCUAACUGUUGUGGUUUUGCAUUUGUGUGGUGGCACUUUUUCACUAUGUGCCACUGCCCCACCCCACCCUCUUAGGGGAUGGCUACACCCAUUCAGCACUGCCACCCAAAGAACUGCUGGGGAAGACUGCAGUUCUGAGGACCCUCCUGAUGGACUUGGUCCCUCCCUUGCUGAACAGGCCUUAAGGCUAAAAGCUGUUAAACUGGAAAAAGAAGUCCAGGAUUUAACACUGAGAUACCAGAGAGCUGUUGCUGAUUCUGAAAACAUAAGGAGACGAACCCAGAGAUGUGUGGAAGACGCCAAGAUAUUUGGAAUCCAGAGCUUCUGUAAGGACUUGGUGGAGGUGGCAGACAUUUUGGAGAAGACUGCUGGGUGCUUUUCAGAAGGAGCCGAACCUGAGGACCACAAGCUUACUCUGGAAAAAGUCUUCCAAGGGCUGUCCCUUUUAGAAGCAAAGCUGAAAAGUGUGUUUGCCAAGCAUGGCCUAGAGAAAAUGACACCCAUUGGUGACAAAUACGACCCUCACGAGCAUGAACUCAUCUGUCACAUGCCAGCAGGUGUUGGGGUGCAGCCUGGCACCGUGGCAUUAGUUCGGCAGGAUGGCUACAAACUUCAUGGCCGCACCAUUAGACUUGCGCAAGUGGAAGUGGCAGUGGAGUCUCAGAGAAGGCUCUGAACAGGCCUCCAGGAGCUAAGUACUCUCCAGAGCCCAGGCACCUAUGUCUCCUUUAUUUAUUAAGCUGGUUUGUAUUAUACAUGAGGUCCUUCAUGUGCUCUGCUUUGGAUUUAGUCAUAUUGGCUUAAUCUCUACUGUGUCUUAUUGGUUUUAUGUGACCUGUUUGGUCUCAUCAGGUGUCCAGCCACAAGGCAUUUGAACAAUGUGACAAGUGUCCUAUGGCCUUUAUCAAAAUGUUUACAAAAAUCAUUUAAAUUGGUACUCUGAUGACUGAAUCCAAAAUCUUCUUAACUGUGUUUUCAUCCAACACAACAUCUUGUAUACAACAUCUUGUAUCUUGUAUUUUAUGGGGAAAAGAGAUGGGAUUGGUUUAACAUUUAGGUACUUAGAUUGCAGUGCUUUACCCUUGAAUAAAUUUAGAUCAUUUGGGUUGACAUAAUAUACAAAGAGAUUUUUUUUCAAGGCUGUUUUUUAUUUCAUUUUUCAUUUAGUUGUUUGUUUUUUGUUCGUGUGUGUGUGUGUGUGUUUACAUUCCCUGCACGUUGUUUCAUAGCCGCCCCUUUCUGGUCCUGUUUGGAAAGGCUAAAGGGUCAGGCCAGUCUUCCUUUUCUGUUGUUGGUAAGGUAUAUGUGUUUAUUAAACUGGUCUCAAGUCUGUGAACAGGCAAGGCCUGACAAUACAGCCCACUCCCGGGAAGGGAGGGGCGGGCAUGGUAGUUGAUCAUUUAAAAAUAAAAACAAAGUAUUUAGGUGAAUGAUUUUUUUUUUUCAAUACAUUAUUUGCACAAAAGUAAUGCUGUUGCCUCUUUUUUGUGAAUUCCACUGAAUGAAUGGGCUAUCCUCCUUUCUGGGUUAGGGUGUGGGGCUAACUUUGGAGAAGACAAGGAACUCAUAUAGCAGCAACAUUCUAAUUUUGAGGUAAGUUUUUACUAAGCUAUCCAGGCUAGUAAUGAAAUUCUCGGCUUUGUGCUUCAGUCUCCCGAGUUUCCAGGGUUAUUGAUAGACCAACUAGGGUGAAUGCUGUCUAGUUAUUACUCAAAUAUCAUAAGUUGGAUGUUUGCAACAGUUAAGAAAUGUCUCCAAAUUUAUAGAUGUCACAAUGGCUGUAUCAAGUUCAUCUCUCCUGUGUCUUUUUCCACUAUUGCUUGUACUUCUUUUAAGACAAUUCCAAGGGGUAAAUAAAGUGAAUCAUGUAAUUCUCAGAA